UCGGUGCAGUUCCUUCAACCAGCUUGGAUAUUUAUUUGUGAUCUCGCGACAAGUACGCCAUGCAAAAAGUUAAUAAGAAAUGAGAAAUAACUAGUGGUUUGGAGCAUUUAACUUAUUAUUUUCUAAUUGCGUUCGCAGUGUUUAGUAAUUAUGAGCAGAAGUGACCUGAAUAUUUCUCGAUGGUUGGACGCCCAUUCUGAUCGCGGUGCAGGUUUGCAAGUUCUUCUGAAUGGAGCCGUCUUGGCCGACGUUGCCGGCGACGGAGAUCACAGAUUGGUCGUCGCCGACGUAAAGCUUCAACCUGAUACAAGAUCAAGACUGAAAGUAUACAGAGGAACUCUCCUAACUUCCGAUCAAACAUUACCCGACAUUCCAUCGGCCGUCAUAACAUUCUAUCCCGACAAUCUGGAGCCAAAGGUGCCAGCUGUCGGAAUCACCUGCGGCCUGGACCUGUUGAUGUACAAAAACAACAAACCAUACUUCAAGUUUUCGGUGCCGAGUCUUCCGAUUUCCGCGCUCGAAGAUGAGGUCUGGACAAAGUUCAAACAUAAGAACGAACACGACUUGACGCAACUCGUCGACUCAUUAAAAACUGUACCUUACAAUACUCUAACUAGCAGGUCGCAGAAGUUGCUGCUAUUGAAACCCGAAGAUGCUGCAGAUUUCGUAGACAAGUUCAAGGAUAAGGAGCUGAAGCGAUACUCGCCCAUAACAUGUGCGACAACGCUGCAAAGAAAUUCCUCCGAAUGGAAUUCCGUUUCUUGUCCGGUUUUAGCGACUGAGAUCGGACAGAUUUACAUUUUGGAUCCGCAGAAUUUGUCUAUCCUCCAUCAAGCAUCAGUAUCCGUGUCAAAGGCCACUCCAUCUGUGAUCAGAGCGAUCGGGUUGUUCGAUGUGGAGUAUCGAAUUUUGAUUGCUACACGAGAGGGAUUGGUCUGCUUGCUGAGAAGAGGAUGGUUGGAAGGAAGAAACGUCCUGCAGGCUACCACGUACAUCGUCGAUAUGGUUAUCAUGCCUGCAGAUAAUUUCAUCAUAUUGGCAACAAUGGAUAAAACGCUCAGCUGCUAUUCAAAAAAGGGAAGUAAGCUAUGGUCUCAGGAACUGAAGCAGCAAAUAACGUGUUUGACGUUGGUCCCCUUAAAACACUUAAGCAUGACUUUAAUUGGAGUCGGAAUGAAAGGCGGAUCUAUCCACUUAUAUCGGACAAGGCAUUUUGUGGAUUACGUGUCCAUUCCUGAUACACCAUCAUCGUUGCUCUUCGGAAAAAUGGGUCAAGAGGACCACGUCCUCGUUACAAUCACAACAAGUGGAAUACUGGAUAUCAAAAUCUUAAAACGCACCGCCGACUUCAACCUAACCCAACAGUCGACCGCAUCCAAUCCAAUUCUUCAGAAUAAACCUCUUCCGCUGCCCAAAAGAAGUAAAUUGUUCUUAGAACAAAGUGCAAGGGAACGACAGAAUCCAAUUGAAAUGCAUCAGCACUUCCAGCAGGAUUUGAUUAGAUUAAGAUUGAAUGCGGCUAGGGCUUUAGUGCAAUCGCAAGGCGAUCAAACCGGAGUUGGUAAUGAUAAAGAGUUAAUCAAACUCUCGGCUCAGGUUUUGGGUUUAGGUCCUAAGUUCACGUUGAUUCUGAACUUAGAGAAUAUGAAUGGCGACAAAGCGUUGAUCGAUCUGACUAUGAUUUUCCAUUGCAAAUCUUCGAUUUAUCAAUUGUCUCACUACGUGCUUCGCAUACCGCUCGUUCCUCCCGGACUCAUCUAUAAGGCCGAGAUCAAAGUGGAGGAUGUGAGUUCCGACGAUUUUCAAGGGCAGAACCCGGUGCAGAGCGUGAAAGUUUUCUGCACCCGCGGCGAUGACACGCAUCCAAUUUUGGCGGCGACGAUCAAUAUGCCACCCACUGAUCUCAAUAUCAUUUGAUGAUAAGACGUUUAUAAAAUAGGAAAACUUUAACUAACUCCAGUGGCGAUUCGUAAAAAAAAAAUAGUGGUCGAAACAAUAAAAGUAAAAGAGAAAUUGAUAUGUAUUGUAAAUAUAUUAAAAACAUUUCUCUUCUAUUUAUAAAAGGAUUUUAAAUAAACACAGCAAUACUUGUUAUACUCCAGGUAAUCGCCAAUAUCCUGGACUAUUUGAAACCGCAUUAGUCGAGGCGACAUGAGACGCCACUGGUAAAAUAUAAAUGUGAUUGCUCAUAGACGUGUAUAUUGGAUGUGACCUAAUAAAAACAAAUCUUUAAUAAACUAAAGCGAAUA